AGCGUCGUGAGUAGUCUUCUCAGUCUCAUCCAGCGAAAUCCUAAUAAUGUUGUCGCCUGUUUGGGCACAUGUUAUGCUUUCUGUGCUUCAGUGUCACAGCGUCUUGUGUUACAGCAACGCAAAGCGCGCAUGGCAGCUUGGGGAUAAGGCCGGGGCUCAUGAACAGUCGUCAGUUGAUGCCAUAUACCCUCAACUAACCGACCCCAUAAAGGUUGGGUCCGGCCAUACCUCGCUGGACUAUAAAGCUUUCAGUUUUGAUGGACUAACUGAUUACGUUCGGGUCGGCAUGAGUAACAACGACCAGUUUAAAAUAUUCUCUUUAUUCAUGCUUGUAUAUCCUACCACAACCUCAGGAACACUCGCGCAUUACAAAUACAGUUCAGGGGGACAGGAUGGAAUUGACGAGAUUGUUAUCAGCAUUAACAGUGGUGCGGUCACAUUUCAAACGACUUAUAACAGUCACAACUGGACUUUCAUUCACCCCACAGCAAUCACUGUGAAUGCGUGGCACUCUGUUGUAUUCAAGAGGGAUAUGGACAGUGGGACGGUUGCUCUGGACCUUGAUGGUGAACUCAGCACAAACAGUGCUGCUGUUAAAGAUACGGUUGAAUAUCUUGGCACCCCAGGGGAAUUGUGGCUGGGGCGAGACAUUAACAGUAGUAACUUCUUCACAGGUAAAAUGACCUGUGUGUUGUUCUAUGACUUCGUGUUUAAAAAUAGUGAGAAACCAGAAGCCUACGAUGAGUGCAAUGGACUUACCCAAUCACCAGGGCCCAGUGACAUCAUCGAUGUCGACACUCUGAUUGAAACUACGACCACAACUACAACAACUACAACUACGACCACAACUACAACUACAACUACGACCACAACGCCUAAAUCUACUACUACAAUCCCUACAACAACCUCAACUACAACUCCGACAACAACUACAACUACGACCACAACUACAACUACGACCACAACGCCUACAACUACGACCACAACGCCUACAACUACGACCACAACGCCUACAUCUACUACUACAAUCCCUACAACAACCUCAACUACAACUCCGACAACAACUCUAACCCCUUCAACAACCACAACUACGACUACAACACCUACAACUACAACUGUAACUACGACUAGUAUCCAAGUCGUCCACCAACCAGUCACACUGUGGCGACUGGACAACACAACAUUUGGUUACAGCAUAAGUGGGACAGCACCAAAAUACCCUCUUCAGUCCGAGUGUGCCAGACUCGCUGAUGGCUGUCCCGAGAUCCCUUCCCGACAUUCUCUGAUGCUUGAUGGUGCUUCUGUCUCCUACUUAGACCUGAACGUGACGUUUGGGAUCAUGCAGAGCGAUUUCCAGAUCGCCCUCUUUGUAAAGCCGGGCAUCCCGUCUUCAGGAACAAUACUACACUACAGAUACACUGGGACUGAAGCUGGCAUUGGAGAUCUGAAGCUGACUGUGAGAUCGUCAAACGUGACCCUAACAUUAUGUGAUUCUUCUUCGUGUUGUGACUCUCUGGAUCACACGGUCGCUCUAACUGCAGAUGUGUGGCACUUUGUCAUCAUUGAAAGCAAUGUUAGUAACAUUGGAAUUGUCAUUGGUGCCUCGUAUGUGACACGUGUUUCCACGUGCGUCAGGGGAUCCCCUGGCACAGCAGAGCCAGGACGCCUCCGUGUGGGCCAAGCUUUAAAUGUACAAGACAGUCUCCGUGGCAGUAUCACGUGCUUGGCAGUGUACGAUUAUAUAUCCAGUGGAGCAGACAGAAAAUUGAGCCAUAUUUCAUUCUGUCAAAAUCUCCUUCCGUCCCAGUCUAUAUUUGAUACCGAAGUAUGCUUACAGACACCCACCAUGCGGCAUAAAUAUUAUUCUCUGGAGCAGACAAAUGUCGAACCGGAUGUAAAUGUGUCAGCCAUCAUGACGUCAUCAACUACCAGUUUACGACAGUGCGGGAGUCUUUGUAUUGCGACACAAUACUGUCUCGCUUUUACACUAACCGGCUUUUCACAUCAGAGACAGUGCAAGUUGUAUGAUUAUGUAACACGAGACGACGGGCUUUGCACCAAAACUAAUUUGAAGUACUAUGUUAUCAGAUAUAUAGAUUAAGACAAUAACGGAGACACAUAAUAUGAUUUGAAGGCUAGCAGGUGGGAAACCUGUUUCACUUUGAACAAAUUGCAACAGAAUUUAUGUCACCACAAUGAAUUCUACACGGUCCCUAGAACAACAUACUAAAAGUCCCAAGCAAUCCUAGUUUGAGAAAUAUAUCUAAUUUGCAUAAUUCACUAUGGCAACCAAUAAUGA